AUGACUAUUCAUGAACUCUCUCAUAAUUAUAUGAAAAACUUUACUUCCUUUUACCUGGAUGGUCAGGACUUGAUAGGAGAUGAAGGUGAAGAAGACGAUGAGGACGAAGACGAUGAGGAUGAGGACGAAGACGAAGAUGACGAUGAGGAUGAAGAAGACGACAAAGAUGGAAAUCAUAGACAUCCAUUGAUGCCUUGUCAAGACUUGGCUCACACAACUACCAAAGAAAAUGGACAAGGAAGUGGAGGUGAGGAAGAUGGUAGUGGGACUCCUCCUGUCCCUCCUCGAAGGAAAGACAAAAGAAGACACAACACUCCCCCAAGACCUCAGUCCAAUGGUCUUCCACCUACUCCAAAAGUGCACAUGGGAGCUUGUUUUUCUAAGGUAUUCAAUGGUUGUCCUCUACACAUCCACUGUACUGCCUCAUGGAUACACCCAGACACUCGGGAUCAGCAUAUCCUUAUUGGAGCUGAGGAGGGAAUAUACACCUUAAACCUUAAUGAAUUACAUGAAGCUGCCAUGGAGCAAUUAUUGCCAGCUAGAACCACUUGGAUGUUUGUGAUAAAAGACGUGCUCAUGACAAUAUCAGUCUCAAGUCAGCUGGGCAUGACGUCACCGCGGUUACGAAAGGGUCCAUACCUGUAUAGACAUGAGUUAAUUGGUCUUCAUAAUCGUCACUUGCAUAAAUUUUCUUUACCUAUGAAUAAGAUUCCUGAAAAGUUUCUUCCUAGAAAGUAUGCAAUUACGACUAAGGUUCCAGACACAAAGGGCACCUUGAGAUGUUGUGUGGGCCGUAAUCCUUAUAAUGGCUACAAGUACCUGUGUGGUGCCACAAAUACUUCAUUGUACCUGAUGCAGUGGUAUGAUCCACUCAACAAAUUUAUGCUUCUCAAGCAAAGUGAGUGUUAUUUGCCGCAUCCAUUAAGAGUUUUUGAGAUGGUAAUAACGCCAGACCUAGAGUACCCAUUAAUGUGUGUAGAUGUAACUCGUAGUUACGGGACAGAGGACAUUCUCCGACACAACCUAAUCAACCUCAAUACGGGUACCACCUGGAUUCCUGAUGACGAUGAUGACAUGGAUGGAAUGGCUACUGUUAUUCCAAGACACAACCUCAAUGUAAAAAAUGUUACUCAAAUAGAAAAAGAUGCCAUUCUAGUCUGUUUUGGAAAUCUUGUAAGAGUAGUCAAUUUACAAGGGAGAAUAAAGGAAAGGAAAAAACAAACAUCUGAACUCAAAUUUGACUUCAAUGUAGAUUCUAUUGUAUGUUUAACUGAUAGUGUAUUAGCAUUUCAUGAACAUGGAAUGCAGGGACGAAGUUUCAAGAAUGGUGAAAUAACACAAGAGAUUAUCGACAAUUCAAGAAUAUUCAGAUUACUAGGUUCUGACAGGCAUAUACGGGAUUCAUUUCAGCUGGACAAUGUUCCCAGAAUUAUUACACUGGAAAGCCGGCCAUCUUCCAUGUUAGAAACCAGUAGCGGAACUUUGUCCGAAGGGAAUCAGGGAGUAAAUCUAUACAUUCUUGCUGGGCACGAAUCCAGUAUGUAUUAGGUGCUAGAAUCAAGGCUCCAAGUAUAGAAUAAAUAUUUUAAAUUGAAUUACGCAGGGAGUGUUUCCUUCAGAUAAACUGUAUUGCAGUAAUACAUGCUACAGUGUUAGCCAGCUAGAAUGUUCAAGUGGAACUCCAUACCAUGUAAGUACAGUAUUGAUAAGUAGUGACUGUGACAUUGAUAGUUGAGACCAUUUCAACCUUUUUCAAGUGAUUGUGGAGGAACAGUCUUUGUGUAUGGUAUAUGCCUUAGUUGAUCCUAGUGGUAGAGAUGGAUGUGCAGGAUUUUAUAUGAAUAUAGUGGUGAUGGUGAAAAAGGAAAUGUUAAUUGAAAUUUUGUUACCAAAGAUGUUAAGCAAAUGGUGGAGUGAAAAAAAAAUCCAUUAACACAUUUCAGGAGCAAAGGUGAUAUUCCUAAUGAAAUUUCAAAUGUAUAUCCCCAUCUUUCUCUUUCUUAUUUUAGAAUAUUACUGUACACAAGCUCAACAACAGUACAAAUAAAUUUUGCAUAUCAUUUUGAAUGUGUGUGCAAAAUUUCUAACCUGUACUGUGUAAAUAUAAGGCAUAGCCACAUCAUACUGUAGUAUUUUAGCUAGAUUUCAUGCAUCAUUCAUAAUGAAUCUCAUUAAAAGAUUAAUGGUAACCAAAUUAGGUGUAGCAGUCUUUAAUAUCAUGUUUUAAAGUCAAAUUGAUUGAAAUUAUCAUCUCAUGAAAUGUGAAAUUGAAAAUUACUGUUAUUUUAUCUAGUAGGUCAUUGACCACAAACCAUAUUAUGAAUUAAUAUUUUUAAGGACUAAAUUCAAGUCUUCUUAGUGGCUCAGGACAAAGUUUUGUAUAAUACUGUAUAAAGGUCAUUUUUACAAUAGUUAUUUUAGAAAAGUUUUGAGGUGCAGUUCUUGUGAAGUAGAAUGAAUAUAGAUUUAGUGACAUGGUCUUUUAUAUUAAAAGAUUAUAAAAUGUGUAUUAUAAUGUUACUCAUUUCUUAAGAAACGUUUAUCAUGGUUCACUAACCCUUGCUGCAGUCUUUUAAGCGAGAAAGUUAAACCAUGGAUAGUUUAGUUAUGCACCUCAGAAUACAUUGCUCCAUCACAUCUUUAAUUGAAAUUUAAGUAAACUGUGCUGUGAGUUUAGUCCCAUAGUAAUCUAGCCCAUCCUAUACCUUUGAACAUUCAAACAUACAUCCAGUAAAUGAAGUCCAGAACACACACAGCCUGCCCUUGUUAUACCUGGUGUCAAGUAAUAUUAGCUAAGUACCGUCUAAUUACUUGUCUGGAAUGUCACGGUUCUUGAAGAUUGAAAAGAACCUGCACGAGUGUCUAGUAAAUGAAGGAAUGUACCAUAUUUGCAUAUAUUAAACUUGGGAAGUUUUAUUAAUGGCAUAACUCAGAAGUGAUAUAUGAUUGCAAGCUCCAUGUUACUAUGCAGUGAUAUAUGAUCAUUGAUCAGUAUUUUAUGAAUAGGUAAUUUGUUUCUACUUAGUGUAUGUUUACAAAGACAUCCCUGCUUAUUCACAUCCUGUUCAUGCCAUCACUGGGAAUAUGCUGAAAAGCCAGUAAAUCAAGCAGUAUAUAUUUUGUGAUAGCUUUAGUCCUAUGAUUGCCUAAUUGAUUGCGAUUAUUUUCUAGUACUUUCUGAGUGAGAAACCAUGAGAGUAAGUUAUAUUCCACAAUAAGGGAGAAAGGAUAGAUAAUAGUGUGUGCAAUUUUUGUAUUUUGUGAGGAAGCAUAGGGUUUUUGUAGUGUUUUUAUUGUACAGUACUCUCGUUAUAAACUUUGUGGUACAAUUCUUCAGCUUAAUGAUUAUGGUACUAUGGUGGUGAUGAAAAUAACAAGAUUUGGAAAGAUGAAAAAUUUUGGAAAAGUAUGGUACAUUGGUAAUUUAUCAUAAUGGAUGGCCACAUAGGGUUAUAGAUAUUUGCUACGUUCUUAUUCUUUAAAGGUACUGAUAUUCAAUAAUUGUUGUUAUCAUCAUUUUUUAUGUUGAAAUAAUGACAACAUAAUGUGUGUGUUUGUUAGAGUGAAUAAGUACACAGCAAUUUUAGAUAUUUUGUUUCACAAAGUUUAGCAUAAACUUUUAGCCAGGUAUCAUUGGCAAAAUUUUAGUUAUUUGUUUUGUGACCUAUUUACUAUUAGGUUGCCAUUGCUUUGAAUAGUCCUUUUGUAUUGACUUGGCUGCUCUAGAAUUUGGUAGGAGAAAAAUGGAAUACCCAUCAAUUAGUGAUUAGAUUGACCUAGUUUUGUGAAAUUCUGAAAGUUUCGUUUUUAAAAACCAAUAUUAUUAAGAGAAAUUUUUUUUAUGGAAAACUAAUGUAUGAAGCCAAACUUUUAUAAAUAAUUCACUUUACAUUUUGUAUUAUAUUCUCAGUUAAAAUGUAGAAAAUAUAAGAUGUAAUCGUUUAAUUUAUAGUUAAAAAUUAGCUAAGAAAUGCACAUGGCUGCAAACAGUAAAAUAUUAGUGUCAAUUCAGAGAAAACAUGAGAAAAUACAGAAAAUCAAGAUGAAAAGUCCCACAUUAUGAUGACUUUGGUUUUUAAUUUUUCUAACAAAUAUUUGUUUAAAAUGAAAAGCUGCCAUUACUUUACUCAUUAAACUAAUGGCUAAAUGAGUAUUAUAUCCACUUUGAAAGAUUUUUUCUAUGCAACAAUCUUCAGAAAUGAGUAAUGAUGCUGUUUAAAAAUUUUAUUUUUACAAUGUUUUUAUUGUGAUGUCAUAUUCAAUUGUUGAUCCCCUUUAUUGUCUAUAGUACUGAAGGUUCUUCCUCCCCAUACCAGUUGGUGUCACUUCAUAGGUGUGGUGUUUAUAUCAUGUGCUCUUGAAUUAUUUCACAUUCACUAUGUAACAUUGUUCAUUCUUUUGUGUGUUAUUGACACUAGUAUGCAUGUGCAGUGGUGGUGUGAUGCUUCAAGAAAUUUCUUUCCAACUUUGGUACACAGAUUUUUUUAUCAAUUUGGAUGAAAAUUUGGCAGGUUUGAUAUACAUUUACGGGUUGGGGUUUCAGGGAUGACUUGUCAGGUUAGGACCCGACAUAUUAAGUUAGCUUAGGAAGGUUAAGCUGAUAAAUGUGUCCAUUUUUCUCCUUUUUAUUCUCCCCCCCUCCCCUCCAGAAAUCCUAUUUUCCUAUGGGGAGGGGAGCUAAAACAGUGGGUUAACCAAUCAUUUUUGACAUAAAUUAAUACCAGAUUCAUGAGAAUCACAUCAUAAACAGUGAAAAUCCAUAAUAGAGCACGCACUGUAAAUAUUCCUGAUAUUUAUUAUAGCAUUCUAACUUCAAGGAAGGAUAAUGACGGAAAAGCAGUAUUUUGCAUAGUUUUAGACCAAAGAAAAGAGAUGAAUGAAAACUAAAGAAUAAAGCCAAAAUUAAAAGUUUCAGUAAAAUUCUGUUCUAUAUUUUCAGUUAAAAUUUCAAAUAAUACUUGAAAAACAUAAUUAUAAGGUAAAAACACAUUGAUAAUGGGCAAAAAUAAUUUUCUAACAAGCACUCUUCUGCCUGCACACUUAUGUUGCCUUGCAACAAAUCAAUUAAAAAAACAAAAUGGGUCAAACUAAAGGGACCUUAGGUUUGCUCUGUCUUUUUCUCAUAAUAAGAUUUUGUUUUAAAUAAUUUUCUACCACUUUUAUAUCCAUUCACUGAUUAUAAAUACCUUCCAAAGGAACCAUUUUCCUUUUUAAGUUCUUGGCAGCAAACCAACCCCCUCCAGUUUAGGUCCUUUAGGGUUUACUACAGCAUAUUGAAUUGUCUUAAUUUUUAUGUUUCUUCUGAAAAUGCAGUGAUUUUUAAGCUCAAAAAUGAAAAUUCUGUGAUCUUCAAGGAGUAAAACUUAAGGCACAGAUUAUACAGUUUCCAAACCUUCUAGUCAUUUCCUCCCACGCUGCCGAAUGUUCUUGGUUGGCAGUGACUGCGUUUAUUCCUUGUUAAUCCUUAUCCUUGGGAGCAAUAUUAAUCCUUGUUUGGGCCUACUUUCAAACACAUCCGUGGUAAAUCUCUUAAUGUAUUGAGUCAAACGGAGGUUUUUUUUCUCAUAUAAAUGAAAAUCUCGCACAAAAACACAAACGCGCACACAUAUUCUUGAAGCAAUUCUGUUCAUAGUUUUGCACAGAUCCAUUCUCUCCAAAACUUUAAGAAAUAUACAAUUUCCAUAUAUUUUUUUCCUUUUAUGCAAAUAAAAAUAGUCAACAGUUCAUUCUCUAUUUGUUUUUGUGGUCUAAAAUACUCUACACAGUUCAGCAACAUUUUCGUUUAGAUAUUUUUUUUUAUUCCCCUACUUGUCAUAUCCUUAUAUCUGAAUUCAACCUCUACAUGCCCUAAGGCCAUUUAAAUUUUUUUUUAAGGCUAGCCCUUGCCCCCUACAUUGACCUUGAGACUUAACUCAGCCCAGAGUCCUCUAGGAAAACUGGCAACAUAGCUUAAAAUUUGUGUCACAUUUCAAGAAAAACAUGUUAAUAUUUUUACAGAGUACAAAAACAUUUCAAGAGGUUUUAAUAUUCGAUAAUGAAAUUAAAAAAUUGAUGUUUUGUCAUGUUUUAGGUUAGCAGUGCAUUCAUUAACAAAAACAAAUUUGAUUGGAAACAAUGAACAUGGCAAUGCCCCGCCCCACCCUUGCCCUGCCCAAAACGACUAGAAGGUUUGGAAGAGCUAUAGUAGAAACAAUGUGUAAAUGAUCAUCCAUAUGAAAUAAUACAGCUUAAACCUUGGUUGAAAAGUAAACUGUAGUUUGGGCUAGCUGUUAGGAAUUUUAUGUAUUGCAUGACAGUUUAUUUGCUGAAUGAUUAAGCCAUUUGCAUGACUACCAGCUCUCAUUUAAGUAUGAAGGAUAAGCUUUUAAAUUAGGGCACUAGUUUGUAUCUACUAUAACAGGGAAUUUAAAUUAAAGUAUCUACUAUAACGUUAUAUUUAAAUGAAAAUCGAGCUUUAGUCUGCAUUUGGUACAACUCUAUGCAUCUUAUAGUCAGUCACACAGACAUAGUUAUCAUAUAUUUACAGUUGUAUGCACUCAUAUCUAUAUAUCCAUGGUACUGACCCUUCUCAUAAAACCUUUUCCAUUGCUCCACCGACCAAACACGACAUACAGAACAAGGAUUAGUAAUUGUGCAUUCAUUUUCUCUGCACCUACUACACAUUGGAUGUGGAUCUGUGGACACCACUUUGCCGGGGAGGUAAAAUGAUCCAUGAUAUCCUGAUACUUGAAGACAUUGUGGGAGCUCCCACAUAGCUCGUGAUCAAUCACAGAUACCAGUGUGUAGUUUCUUGCAUACACAAUUUUUUUUUCUUUUAGUAAUUAUGCCGGUUUUCCAGCUGGCGCUAGAAGAUUUAUACUAAUGUUAUGACCUUAGCUUUGUUAAUUAUGAAAAAUACAAACUUAUUAAAAAUUGUCAUUUUGUGGUGAAUGAGGACCUCUCUCUUUCAACCCACAAUUUUAAAUUGGUUAUGGACUGGGAAGCACCUAAAUGGAUAAACAAGAAAACAUUGAGGAAACCUCAUUUGUUGAAUAUCUUUUGUCAUGCUGACUGAAUUUUAACUAUCAGUGAAUUCCCCUUUAUCCCAACCAGUCAUCAUAAACAUAACGGCUUAGAUCUAAAGUUACUGCCCUUAAGAGCAUUUAAGCUUCAUCCAUAUACACACACA